AUGGAACCUAUCGAUGAUUUAGUUUGGAAUUCGGAGGUUCCGGAUAGAACCUAUCAAAGAUAUUGGAAUUCAGAGGUUCCAGAUAGAACCUAUCAAAGAUAUUGGAAUUUGAAGGUUCCGGAUGGAACCUAUCAAAGAUAUUGGAAUUUGGAGGUUCCGGAUGGAACCCAUCAAAGAUAUUGGAAUUCAGAGGUUCCGGAUAGAACCUAUCAAAGAUAUUGGAAUUUGGAGGUUCCGGAUGGAACCCAUCAAAGAUAUUGGAAUUCAGAGGUUCGGAUGGAACCUAUCGAUGAUUUUGAAAUUCAGAGGUCCUGGAUGCUGAAGAUCAGCUCCGGACUCUUAUUUCGAAGGUCCUAA